AUGGCUGGUCAACGGAAUCGUUCGCAGUCUCUCAGUAAAUCUGUGGCUUGGCUGUAUCACGAGUCCGGGAUUGCCUCUCUGUAUUUCACCGGCCGUGAUGCUUGGCUCAUCAUUCUCUCGCGAACAUGCCGCAUGUUCUCUUUUGGAGCCGUCUCCCUCACGAUAGCGCUAUUUUUCUCUGAACUUGGUUUUUCGGAUUUCCAGAUCGGCCUGUUCAUGACCCUGACCCUCCUCGGCGAUGUUGUGCUCGGCCUUGUAAUCACUCUGAUGGCCGAUGGGCUUGGCCGUCGUCGCGUUAUGUUCGCCGGCGGCCUGCUCAUGGCUGUUUCGGGGCUCGCGUUCUCUAUCAUGGAAAACUUCUGGAUACUCCUCUUUGCCGCAGUCGUGGGCGUCGUGAGCGCUAGCGGCGGUGAUUUUGGCCCUUUCCGAGCGAUCGAAGAGUCGAUGCUGUCCCACAUUACGACACCCAAAACUCGGGCUGAUGUCUUAUCCUGGUAUGUGACCAGCUCAAGUCUCGGCUCUGCGGUUGGCAUGGAGCUGGCGGGAAGAUAUGUUGAGUCGAUGAAAAGUCGUGAGGGCUGGACCAUGCUGCGAGCUUAUCAUGCGACCUUCUGGAUUUAUAUUGCCACGGGUCUCUUCAGCAUGGUCCUCGCACUCUGCAUGAGCAGCAAAUGUGAAGUUGAGAAAACCCCGGAGACCUUGGAUGAGUCGACUCAGGGUCUACUCGAUGAUUCUCAACAAGGGAAUGAGGACCUCGAUCCGGUCAAUUCGCAGCAGCCUUCUGCCGCGCCGACUAAGAGCCGGUUUUCCCAGAUCUCUACAAGCACUCGGUCGGUUAUGUACAAGUUGUGGUUUCUUCUGGCCGUUGACUCUUUGGCCGAUGGCAUGGUUUCCUACACCCUCACCACUUACUUCCUCCAUCGGAAGUUUCAGUUGUCCAAAACAACUCUCGGCGACAUCAUGUCAGCAGCCUUUCUCUUGGGAACUAUUUCCACAGUCGCUGCUGUGCCCCUCUCCCGGCACCUUGGACUACUCAAUACCAUGGUUUUCACCCACCUGCCAUCCUCCGUGGCCGUCCUAUUAUUCCCCGCUCCCUCGGGGCUGAUUCUCACCGUCAUACUUCUAUACGUCCGCAUGGGUCUGAAUACCAUGGAUCAAGCACCCAGAGCCGCCUUCAUCGCAGCUGUUGUAAAGCCCGAGGAGCGCACAGCUGUCAUGGGAAUUACGAGUACCGUUCGAACGCUGGCUAUGGCUAUCGGGCCUUCAUUGACUGGAGCCCUCGCGGGAAGUGACAGAUUCUGGAUUGCGUAUGUGGUUGGAGGAACACUGCGCAUCAUGUAUGACCUGGGACUCUGGGCCAUGUUUGUCAACAUGAGACUACACGCCCAUGAAACCAACGAUCAAAAUGUUGGUCCUCAGAGAGAGUCUCUUGAUGAAGAAACAGUGGUGAUGCAACCACAGCCUAGAGAACGAGAAACAUGA